GUGCACCCACCUGUGCCCAGCAGUGCAGCCAUCUCAGUGCCACACACCUGUGCCCAGCAGUGCCAUCCAGAAGUGCCACCCACCUGUGCCCACCAGUGCCACCCACCUGUGCCCACCAGUGCCACCCACCAGUGCAGCCCAGCAGUGCUGCCAGUCAGUGCCACCAGUCAUCAGUGCCACCUAUCAGUGCUGUCUAUCAGUACCCAUCAUCAGUGCCACCUAUCAGUGCCACCUAUCCGUGCCAUCUCAUUAGUGCUGCCUAUCAGUGCCACCUAUCAGUGCUGUCUAUCAGUGCUGCCUCAUCAACACACAUCAGUGAAGGAGAAAAAUUAUCUGUUUGCAAAAUUUUAUAAUAGAAACAAAGAAACUUUUUUUUUUUUUUUUGCAAUUGUUUUGUUUAUA